AUGAUUGAAAUUAAAGAAAAGGGAAUAACAAGUUUAGAAUUGAGUAAACAUUUGAUAAAAAGAUUAAAUUUUGAUGUAUGGAAAGCGAUUGAUAGGUUUGAAUUAUUCGAAUAUAUUGAAAAAAUUGAUUAUAUACUUUAUGCUAUAACAUAUUAGGCAAUAUUUAUAAUAGGUAAAAACUCUCAACGUAUGAUUGGAAACAUCUGAA